AUGCGCAAACUACGCGAGAUAUUCAGGUACUUUAAAUCACCACCACCAGACCCAAAGCCUUGGGACGGAUAUCAUUGCCGAGUCGAGGUGCCAGACGGCACGACGCACAUCCCUCGCCGCGCCUUCUACGCCAAGCCGAGCCUGAGACAAGUCACAAUCCCGAGCUCGCUCGUCUCUGUCGGCUCCUACAGCUUCAUGAGCUGCGGCAGGCUCAGCUCGAUUACACUGCCUGACGAUUGGAAAGAUUGCUCGGUUGGAAAGUAUGCCUUCGCAGAGAGCGGCAUCCGGUCCAUGGACCUUCCCGCCGGCCUCAAGGUCCUGAGAAGGGGUACGUUCUCCGGAUGCCGGAAUCUCAGGGACAUCCGCCUUCCCGCCAGCUUGGAGCGCAUCGGGCCAAGCGCCUUCCUCUGGUGCCACGACCUCAACCACGUAAAACUCCCCGACGGCCUCAUCAGCAUUGGGCGGUUGGCCUUCUCCUACAACGCCUCCCUCGCGUCCAUCACCUUCCCUGCCAGCCUCGCGAUGAUCGAGCACGGCGCCUUCUCGAGCUGCGGCGCCCUCAAACAGGUCGUCGUCCCGACCACCACAGAGAUUGCGGAGCACACCUUCCCUCCGUGCACCAGAGUCGUCCGCCUCCCGCCCGCACGGAUGCGCGCGCGGCAGCACUGGCACGCGGCGGUGGACGCGGCGGUCGCCUUGAAGCGCUGCCGCCCUCAGCUCUACGGCUGGCUCGAGAGGGCGCAGAACCGGCUCGGCGCCUACGGCCCCGACGGCGCAGCGCGCCAGCGCGACCGCGAGGAGUUCGAGAGCGACCGGCUGCUCUCGCAGCUCACGCGGGCAAGCUCGAGUGAGGAUGGGUCCGGUUCUGGCAUCUAG